AUGGCUAUUCAACCUCACAGUGACCCUCUCCUCUGUCCCGUUGCCACUUACAACUCCUACAAAUUUCGGAUUGCUUGCAUCGCCUGUGUACGUCCACACCCUGUUCUCUCAAAUGUUCGCAUCUAUCGGCUUGUACGUGGUGUAUAUUUCCCCAACCGCCCUAUUGGUGCCGAGUGGAUAUCCAAGCAUAUCUGGUUUGUUAUGAAUAAAAUUUCACGACCUGCUAGUAUGGCACGUCCCAGGGCAAGAGCCCUAGGUUCCACUUUUGCAUUGGCUGCAGGUGCUUCCAUCAACGACAUUCUUAUGCAUUGUUCUUGGGCUCUCUCCACUGUGUUUGACACAUUUUACCGCCUGUUCUGA